AUGGGCAUUAAAAACUUUAAUACAUUAGAAAAAAAUGCAUUAUUCAGGAAUCCAAGCAAGAAGAAAAGUGCUUAUCCGGAUCUUCUAGCGAUUACUGAACCUCAUAUCAAGUCUUUUAAUGCUUUAACAGAUGAUCAAUUAUUAAAUCUUGCAGUCAAAGACAUCGGGAAGAAAUCAGUUUUUGAUAGAAAAAAAGCUGGAUUAGGGAACAAAUUAUCAUUUCGUAUUGAAGAAGUCCAGAUUGCUAAACCGACUCUUCCAACCCGUGAACGUACAUGUGUUAACAGGAAAAUACUGCCUUCAGAAUGUCGUGAGCGCUUUUGUACUUACAAAGCCCGCCUUCUUUUAAAGGUUGCAUGGAGCGUGAAUGGUGAACAAGAAAUCACAGAUAUAAAAGAAUUUGGGCAAAUCCCUAUCAUGGUUAAAUCGAAUCGGUGUCAUAUUGAAAAGUUAUCACCAGCAGAUUUAAUUAAGUCUAGAGAAGAGUCAGAAGAGCUUGGUGGAUACUUUAUUGUCAAUGGAAACGAAAAAAUUAUACGUAUGCUUAUUAUUCCAAGAAGGAAUUACGUGAUGGCACUAGUGCGGUCUUCUUUUUUAAAUAAAGGCACACAUUAUACAAAGUUUGGAACACAAAUUCGCUGUGUAAGACCAGAUGAGACGUCGCAUACAAAUACGUUGCAUUAUCUUAGUGAUGGGAAUUGCAUUUUUCGAUUUUCAUGGAGAAAAAAUGAGUACUUAGUUCCCGUGGUCAUGAUUCUUAAAGCACUUAUAAAUACUAAUGAUAAAGAAAUAUUUGAUUCUAUUGUCGGAAAGGACAAAAAAGACACAAUUUUGGUAGACCAUGUUGAAAUUCUUCUUAGAACAUAUAAAAAUUACGAACUUUACAAUCAAAAACAGACCUUACAAUACUUAGGGGAAAAAUUCCGAGUAGUGUUAAAUGUGGAUGAGGAUCUUACACAUGAAAGAGUUGGUCAAGAAUUACUAAAAAAAAUUGUUCUAGUUCAUUUAGACGACAACUACGAUAAAUUUCGCAUGUUAAUAUUUAUGAUACGAAAACUUUAUAGCCUAGUUUUUGGUCAAUGCUGUCCAGAUAACCCGGAUUCAGCUCAAAAUCAAGAAAUACUUCUUGGAGGAUUUCUGUAUGGUAUGAUUAUUAAAGAAAAAAUAGAAGAUUACUUGCUUUCUCUAAGAAAUACUGUUAUACAAGAUCUUCGAAAACCAAAUAAUUCAGUAAACUUUUUUGAUAAAAAAUAUAUUUCUAAAUUGUUUCAAAGAGUUCCUAAUGAUAUUGGUUCAAAAUUACAAUAUUUUUUAAGCACAGGCAAUUUAGUUAGUUCUACUGGUUUAGAUCUACAACAAACAACAGGUUUUACUAUAAUUGCAGAAAAACUCAACUUUUAUCGUUAUUUAAGUCAUUUUAGAACAGUUCACAGAGGUGCAUUUUUUGCAGAUGUUAAAAGUGUAACGGUUCGUAAACUUCUUCCAGAAGCAUGGGGAUUUAUUUGUCCUGUCCAUACACCAGAUGGAGCACCUUGUGGUUUAUUAAAUCAUUUAACAAGCAAAUGCAAAAUUGUUACAUCAAAUAUCAACGUAGAUUCUAUUCCAUACUUACUUGUAAAACUCGGAGUAGACCCAACAUCAAAUAUGUUAGGCACCGAAUACUCAACUGUACAACUUAAUGGAAAAAUUAUUGGUUAUUGUAUGCAUGAAGUGGCUUCUCGUAUUGCUCACUUACUUCGUUAUUGGAAAACAGAAAAAUCUCAUAAUAUUCCUUUAGAACUCGAAAUAGGACUAAUUCCAAAAUCAGAGGGAGGUCAAUACCAUGGAUUAUAUAUUUUUUCAUCAAAAUCUCGAAUGAUUCGUCCUGUUAAGUAUCUUCCGUUGAAUAAAGAAGAUUUUGUUGGAUCAUUUGAGCAAGUGUACUUAAAUAUAAGUCUUGGUUCUCACUUUUCGAAAGGUGUAGAUACACAAUAUUCACAUUCAGAAAUAAAUACAUCUAAUAUGUUUUCAAUUCUUGCUUCUUUAACACCAUUCUCGGAUUUUAAUCAGUCUCCAAGAAAUAUGUACCAAUGUCAAAUGGCAAAGCAAACUAUGGGAACUCCUGCAUCAUCGUUGAGAUAUAGAACUGAUAAUAAGCUCUAUCUGUUACAAACAGGACAAACACCUAUCGUUCGUUCUAAAACAUAUGAUCUUUACGGACUUGAUAACUUCCCUAAUGGAACAAAUGCUAUUGUAGCAGUAAUCUCCUAUACAGGAUAUGACAUGGAAGAUGCAUUAGUUAUUAAUAAAUCAUCAUAUGAAAGAGGGUUUGCUUAUGCUACAAUUUAUAAAAGCGAAAAAGUAGAUCUGGGGCAAAAACGGAAAAAAGGAGAGCAAAUUAUAUAUCAUUUUGGUUUUGGAAAUGAUAAACUUCACCCAAAAUGGUUAGAAAAAUUAGAUGCAGAUGGACUGCCAAUGAUUGGCGUAAAACUGGAAGAAGGAGACCCUUUAGCUGCUUAUUUCAAUGAAACAACGGGAAAAACAAUAAUCCAAGAAUACCAUGGAACAGAAGAUGUUUUUGUAGAAGAAGUUAGAUUACUUGGAAAUGAUUCAGGUGACAUGGAGUGUCAAUGCAUUCAUAUAAAACUUCGAAUAGCUCGUCCUAUUACUAUUGGUGAUAAAUUUUCUUCCAGACAUGGACAAAAAGGUGUAUGUUCUCAAAAAUGGCCCGCAGCAGACAUGCCAUUUAGUGAAAGUGGAAUUCAGCCCGACAUCAUUAUUAAUCCUCAUGCAUUUCCUAGUCGUAUGACUAUAGGGAUGUUUAUAGAAAGUAUGGCAGGCAAAGCAGGUGCAUUACAUGGACUAAUAGAAGAUUCUACACCAUUUAUCUUUAAUGAAGAAAAUACUGCUGCUGAUUAUUUUGGAAAACAACUAAUAAAAGCUGGUUAUGCAUAUAAUGGUAAUGAAACAUUUUAUUCUGGGAUCACAGGAGAUAUCAUGGAAGUGGAAAUAUUUGUUGGAAUAGUUUAUUAUCAACGUCUUAGACAUAUGGUAUCAGAUAAAUUUCAAGUACGAACAACUGGACCAGUCCAUAGUCUUACACAUCAACCUGUUAAAGGACGAAAACGGGCAGGAGGUAUUCGUUUCGGUGAAAUGGAGCGUGAUAGUAUAAUCGCACAUGGAACGGCAUAUAUUUUACAAGAUCGUUUAAUGAAUUGCAGUGAUUAUACACAAUCUUGGAUAUGCAAAAUUUGCGGAUCUAUUCUUUCCCUUAUAUCCUCUAUAACUACAAUAGGCACAGGAAAUACAUUCAACUCGAAUGUAAGAUGCUAUCUUUGUGCAUUAGAAGCUACAGGAUUCGAAAACGAUAGUGACAUAUGGCAAGACAGUACUGGUAGAAAAUUUAAAGGUGGUGACAAUAUUGCUGUUAUUGCAUUACCAUAUGUAUUCAAGUACCUUGCAACCGAACUUGCUUCCAUGAAUGUUAAAUUAAAACUAAAUGUAAAUCAAUAA